AAAUCAGAAUGUUAUUUCGGAUAUCUGACAAAAAUAUCUAAUAAAUAUCCGAUAUAAUAUUUUUUUUGUAUCGGAUAGAAAAAUUAUUUAUUCUCAGACCGAGUAAUAUUUCGGCUCCGGUUCUACCGGUCUGGUUUCCGGUCCGGUUCUGAGAUCCGGAGUUCCAAAAACAGCCCUAGCUAGGUAUAGGGACGCAAAGAUGAAUGAAGGAUUGAGAAUUAUGGAAGAAGGGAAAGAGAAAUUGAAUUUGGAGAUGGAGAGUCGAAAGGAGAAGCGAAAGGCAAUGAAGAAAAUGAAGCGAAAGGAGAGAAGGAAGGAGAUUGCAGAGAUGGAGCGAUUAGAGGAAGAAGCGCGUCUCAACGAUCCCGAAGAGCAGAGGAAGAGGAUGCUUUUGGAGCAGCAAGAGGCCGAGAGAAUCGAAAGGGAUAGGAUCGCUUUCGAAGAGAGGGAGAAGGCCUGGAUCAUCAAACAACAAGAAGCUCAACUUCUCGAGCAGGAAAAAUCUCAACAACAACAACACGAUAGCACUGAUAAUAACGACGUCGUUGAAGAAGAAGAAGCAGAAGAAGAAGAUGAAGACGGUCCUCCGGAGAUUAUUUGGCUAGGAAAUGAAAUAAUCAUCAAGAAGAAAAAGCCGAACCCUAAUUUCCUCCUCCACCACCAGGAGCAUGAUCAUGAUCGUGAUGAUGAUGGCGCUGGUACUGAUAAUAAUAGACCUACAUCAAAUCCCUUUCCACCGGAAUCUCCCUCUCAAUCUCGCUCUUCUCGCUCCAAUUCAGCGGUUAUAGAGAAUGUUGCUCAACAAAUACCUAAUUUCGGAACUGAACUGGAUAAAGCUCAUUGUCCUUUUCAUCUUAAAACGGGAGUGUGUAGAUUUGGUGAUCGUUGUAGCAGGGUUCAUUUCUACCCCGAUAAGUCCUGCACCUUUGUCAUCAAAAAUAUGUAUAAUGGUCCUGGCCUUGCUUGGGAACAAGAUGAAGGCCUUGAGUAUACAGAUGAGGAGAUUCAACGUUGUUUCGAAGAGUUUUAUGAGGAUGUUCAUACAGAGUUCCUGAAGUUUGGAGAAAUUGUGAACUUCAAGGUGUGUAGAAAUGGUUCAUUUCACUUGCGAGGAAAUGUCUAUGUACAGUACAAGUUGUUGGAUUCUGCUCUGCUUGCUUAUAACGCAAUUAAUGGUCGCUAUUUCGCUGGGAAACAGGUCAGAUGUAAAUUUGUUAAUUUAACAAGAUGGAAGGUUGCUAUAUGUGGCGAGUAUAAGAAAUCACGCUACGAGACUUGUUCUCGUGGAACAGCCUGCAAUUUUAUCCACUGUUUCCGUAAUCCCGGUGGAGACUAUGACUGGGCAGAUUCUGACAGACCACCCCCAAAAUUUUGGGUUGACGAGAUGGUUGCUUUAUUUGGUCAUUCUGAUGAUUAUGAGAUCCCGAGGAUUCAUGACAAAUCUAGUGCACUGAAGCACUCCAACAAUGUCUCAGAAACAGAUUCUGACAGGUAUCACUCAAGAAGAUCUAAGUCUAGAGAGAUAAAUCAAUCUAAUGGUGGUCGUUCUGAUAGAAGAAAACAUGAAGAUGAAACAAAACAAAGAACUCAUGCCGAGGAGUGGAAUACCGACUUUAAAGGCAACCAUAAAAGGAAGCGCAGGAACAGAACUCCUGAUAUUGAUUCUGACAUGGAAUGGUUAGAAGAGAAAGAUAGGGAAAAAUAUCAUGAACACAGAAGGAAAAGCUCAUUUAAUACGAUUAAAGAUGACAGUAGCGGAAGGCGUGAUGAGUAUUCUGAGGUGGAUAGAGCAACUGUAAACAGGGACCAUGAAAAGCAGCAUGAUAGAAAAAGAAGGAACUCACGAAUGUCGGAUUGGGAUAGUAGGGACUGUACUUAUGAGGCUGGAUCUGAUGAGGAUAGUAAUAGAAGAAGGCACCGAAGUAGCCAAAGGAAAGGAUCAAGACAUCAGGGCAGAGACAACAAUAAUGUAACUGAUGAGCCUGACAAAAAUAGAGGCCAUGAAGAGUAUUCUGAUGUGGAUUGGGAUACCAUGACUGAGGACAAUGAAAAGCAAUAUGACAGCAAAGAAAUGAACUCGCAAAAGCGAAACAAGGAUAGUAGGCGGCAUCAGACUUAUGAGGCUGGAUCAAAUGAGGAUCGACAUAGAAAAAGGCACCACAGUAGGCAAAUGAAGGAGUCUAGACACAUGAGCAUGGACGAGGACUGUGUAAUUGAUAAAUCUGACAAAGAUAGAGGAGAGAUGGAAACGCAACAUUACUCAAGGAAAAGCUCGAGACACAAAAGAUCUGGUCUUCGGGACGACAAUGUUAUGGGUUGCAUAUGCUCCAAGGGAAAAUCAAGUGAUGAUUUCGUCGCCGAAAAUCGCAGAGAAUUGAAGACUAAGAAUAGGAAAUCAUCUAAGCGUUUGGUUGUGAAUAGCAGGGAAAAUGAUGCUGCAACUACACACCUCAUAUCAAACGCGUAUCGUGAUUCAUCCGAUGAAGGAGAGAAAGAAAAAGAAAUUCAUAUUACGAGAGAAGGAACAGGAUCAGAAGAAGACAUUAAGAAGAUAAUCAGAAGCUUGAGUGUCAAGAGCAAUGGCGAAAGGCCGUCGAUUGUUGUCGAAGGUUGGCCUUCUUGGCUCACUGCCGUUGCCGGUGAAGCCAUCGUCGGUUGGGUUCCUCGUAGAGCAGACUCUUUUCACAAAUUAGAUAAGAUUGGACAGGGAACUUAUAGCAGUGUUUAUCGAGCGCGUGAUCUCGAGACGAACAAAAUUGUUGCUUUGAAGAAGGUGAAAUUUACUAAUAUGGAUCCGGAAAGUGUUCGUUUUAUGGCGAGGGAAAUUAUUCUUCUGCGGAAGCUUGAUCAUCCAAAUGUCAUGAAACUUGAAGGGAUUAUUACUUCAAGGCUUUCGGGUAGUUUGUACCUUAUUUUUGAAUAUAUGGAACAUGAUCUUACUGGCCUUGCGACAUUGCCUCGCAACAAGUUUACCGAAGCACAGAUCAAGUGUUAUAUGCAACAGCUUCUUCGCGGUCUUGAGCAUUGUCACAGUCGGGGUGUUAUGCAUCGUGACAUCAAGGGCUCAAAUCUUCUGCUUGACAAUAAUGGCAAUCUGAAGAUUGGUGAUUUUGGACUUGCAACUCUGUUUCAGCCAUCUCAAGAACAGCCUUUAACAAGCCGUGUAGUAACCUUGUGGUACCGGCCACCUGAACUUUUGCUUGGAGCUACAAGCUAUGACGUUGCUGUGGAUUUGUGGAGUGCUGGUUGUAUUCUUGCAGAACUGUUAGCCGGAAAACCUAUAAUGCCUGGACGAACUGAGGUGGAGCAACUGCAUAAAAUCUUCAAACUUUGUGGAUCUCCUUCUGAAGAAUACUGGAAGAAGACAAAGCUACCACAUGCGACAAUUUUUAAACCUCAACAGCCUUACAAACGCAUUCUUUCUGAGACAUUCAAGGAUUUUCCUUCAUCAGCACUGAGUCUCUUGGAGGUCCUACUUGCUAUUGAACCAAAAGAUCGAGGAACUGCAUCUUCAGCGCUUCAGAAUGAGUUCUUCACAUCAAAGCCACUUCCUUGUGAUCCAUCGACUUUACCAAAGUACUCACCGAGUAAGGAGUUUGAUGCCAAACUUCGUGAAGAGGAAGCUAGAAGACGGCGAACAGCAAAUAAAGGACAUGGACAGGAUUUAGCUGGAAGGAGUUUUAAAGAGUCUAAGGUUGUACCAGCACCUGACGCAAAUGGUGAGCUUCAGGCAUCAAUAGAGAAGAGAGGAGGGCGGUGUAAUUCAAAACGCAACAGUGAGAAGUACAAUCCUGAAGAGGAAGGAGGUUAUGGCUUCCAUCUCGAAUCUGCUAAGGCAGUGGCACAUAAUACGUUAUCUCAUUCAGGCCAGUUAAGGCAUCCAGGUGCAUAUGGAUCGUCUUGCAAUAUGAAUUUGAAAGAGGAAACUGUUCUUGCAGCCCCUGAUCGUGUCUUUACAUCAAAACACUCUAAACUGAGAAAACAAAAUUCCUGCUGGCAAGGUAGCACUGCACAGUUGUCAAGAUUUUCUAAUUCAGUUGCAGUUCGAGGUGAUUCACAGCUUGAUAUGAGUAGAGACUGUAGUUCGAAUUCACAGUGGCUAGAAGAUCACUUCGAUUUGAGAUAUAGUCAUUUGAACAAUGGUGAGUCCAAUCAAAUGCUGGAUGAAACCAAACAUUUAUGCAAGAAAGACUUCCAUCUAUUGGGAAAGGAUCGUGCCAUGGGUAAUGCUCCCAAAAAUGGGCACAUCAACUAUUCUGGGCCCUUACUGCCUCCAGAGGCUAAUUUUGAAGAGAUCCUCAAGGAGCAUGAAAGACAAAUCCAACAAGCUGUGCGCAAAGCUCGUCUGGUCAAGGACAAGAAUAAAAAGGCUGCCAGUGAGAUUGGGCAAUCUGAAACACUAGUUCACCAAAUGAGAUAUGGCAAGUCACAUAUCAAAGAGUUUUGAUACACAUGAUUGUGGCUAUCAUAAUGCCUUUUGGAAACUUGUUAAAAUUUUGAUGCUGAGACUCAGACAUGAUGGUGACUAUAAGUCCUAAGGAUUCAAUGUAUUUUUCUACACAUUGGGUAUAACUACCAUAGAAGGGAUUGUACAGUAUAAGAUCUCUAACCAACAAACUCGCAUGUUUCAGAAAGGUCUAUAGAGAAAAUGAAAUUCAUGGCCAUUGGUUGUAUAAAAGUUUUAUGGUUUAUUAAAUUAAUAUAUACUAGUCAAUAGUGGGUUGUUUCGUUUCAGAUUCUGAGUUCAUUUCCAUGGUAUUAUUACCUUGUACAUUUGUCAAAUUACAUUUAUUUCAUUCAUUCAUUUAAUGCAUUGGAUAAUUGCUUAUUCAAA